CCAAGAGAGAGAGAGAGAGAGAUGGGGCAAGAGGAGCAGAGCACAGUGGUUGUGGAGGAAGAAGAAGAAGGAGAAGAAAGACAUGAAAUUUCAGAGUCAUGGAGCCAAAGGAAGCAAACCCUAGUCCUAGAAAUCUCAUCCAAGCUCAUCAACGGUGAUCUUGACGCCAAAAUUGAAGCCGCCAGAGACAUCAGAAACUUGGUCAGAAAGUCUUCCUCCUCCUCUUCUUCUUCUUCGGCCAAGACUCGAUUAAAGUUGGGAGCUUCAGGUGUGAUUCCACCUCUGGUGACGAUGCUGGUGUCUCCUAACCCAGAUGCUCGCCAGGCUUCUCUUCUGGCCCUUCUCAACCUCGCUGUUCGCAAUGAUAGAGUGAUAGCUGUGGUUGCAUUAUUAUAUGUGGAACUUAACUGCCCCGCUAUUUCUGCAAUUCUUCUCCAUAUUAGAAACAAGGUCAAGAUUGUGACAGCUGGAGCUGUUCCUCCUCUUGUUGAGCUCCUCAAGUUCCAAAAUGGUAGCUUAAGGGAUUUAGCGACUGCAGCAAUCUUAACACUCUCGGCUGCUGCAUUGAACAAGCCGAUUAUUGCGGCUUCUGGAGCUGCACCGCUCCUUGUUCAGAUCCUCAGCACUGGAAGUGUUCAAGGAAAAGUUGAUGCCGUGACUGCCCUUCACAAUCUCUCGACCUGCAAAGACAACACAGCUGCAAUUCUUGAUGCUAAAGCUGUUCCUCCUCUUAUAAACCUCCUCAAAGAAUGCAAAAAAUAUUCCAAGUUUGCGGAAAAAACUACAGCCCUUCUUGAAAUCCUAUCCAACUCAGAAGAAGGGCGUGUUGCAAUCUCAGACAUGCCGGGUGGGAUCUUAACCUUAGUAGAGACUGUUGAAGAUGGAUCCCUUGUCAGCACAGAACACGCUGUCGGAGCUUUGCUGACUUUAUGUCAGAGCUGUCGAGAUAUAUACCGGGAACUCAUUCUUAAAGAAGGUGCAGUCCCGGGCCUUCUGCGCUUGACUGUAGAUGGCACAGCUGAAGCUCGGGAGAAAGCUCGUAGGCUGCUGGAUUUGCUUAGAGAUUCUCCCCAAGAAAAGCAGUUGGCAUCCUCAGUUCUGGAGAGAAUCGUAUACGACAUUGCCACGAGGGUCGAUGGAGCUGAUAAAGCUGCUGAAACCGCUAAGAGAUUACUGGAAGACAUGGUUAAACGAAGCAUGGAGCACAGCAUGAGCCGCAUACAGCAGAGAGCUGCAUCUUGUACCCCUAAUAUUCAGUCUACAUGAUGCUUUCAGUUCACACAAAUACCACCAGAGAUGGAGUUUUAAUCUGCAUCUCUAUGUACUCGGCUAAAUCACUCUCCAGAACUAGUUUAGGAUUCACUGGAGUUGACAUGUUGGUCUAGAGUUAGAUGUUAACUAGUAGCAUUGUGUAUGCGUUGUAUUUGUAUACCUCAACUUUGGUCAUGUAUAUAUGAAUUUCACUCUGCUGUCUUU